UCCAGGCAAGAAUACUGGAGUGGGUUGCCAUUUCCUUCUCUGGCGGAUCUUCCCAACUUGGGGAUCAAACUUGUGUCUCCUACAUUGCAGGCAGUUUCUUCACCUGCUGAGCCAUCUGGGAAACCCUCUACAUAUACAGAGUGUCAAAACAAUAAGGAACCUUUUUCUGUUAGGCGAGGUCCAGAGAUAACAGCUUCAGUUUCAUUGUUGCAUAUUUUGGCUGCUUUAGGAUGACACCAGACUGAUAUUCUUUCAACUUUGUCCUCUGCUUCUUUCAAUUUAUUGACUACUGACAUCACGGUUAUAAAAUAGCUGCAGCAGCUCCAGACAACGCAUUUGCAUAUAAUAUACCAUGAUGAAAAGAGAGAGGAAAGCUCUUUUAGAAGACCCCUAGGUUUCCCUCAUAUCCCACUCUGCAGAAUUAUGUCAUAUUUCCAUUCUUACACCAAUCACUGGCAUGGGGAAUGGAAUUCCCAUGAUGGACUUAGACUAGUUAAGAUUUACCCACACUGGUCAAGUGGUCAGCAAGAGAAGGGAGAGAGUAGGUAGUGCCUCUUACCACUUACUUGCCAAAUAUGGAUAAUAAUGGCAAAGAUUUUUAUCGAGUUGCUGUGAAGACUUAGUGAGUUAAAGUGCUUACAAUAGUGCCUGCACAUAAUAAGUGCUCAGUAAAUGCUGUUAUUAAAUAGCAGUUCUACAGAUGGGAAAGUGGAUUCAGAAAGCUUAAGUGCCCACGUGUCAGUGCUGAGACUAGAAUUAAGGCUUGAUUGACUCCAGAACCCAACACUUCCCACCGCACCAGCUGCCAAAGUCAGAAGUGGGCAGGCGUGGCACCCCUGCUCUUCAACUUUAAGGUAAAUGGGAUGAUCAGUCCAACGUAAUUAAAUCUGCAUUGCUUCCCAGAAUUGCCCCUCUGCAUGGAUAUUUUGAAGCUCUUGAAAGUAGAGCCUGGACACCCUAGGAGCCCGGCCUCUUCCCAUCUCCACCCCUUCCAGGAUUCCACAGCCAGCCUGUCUCCAGCCGGGACUUUGAGUAAAAUCUCUCACAGCUGGCAUUAGAUUGAAGGCUCCUGUUUACCAAGGCCUGGCCUGUAAGCUGAUUAGAAGCUACAAGGCCCUGCAAGCUUGACUCUAGGGCCCAACCAGCAGCUGCAGGAAAGGCAGGGUGCUGGAGAAGUAGGCUGGCCAGCUGGUAUGGAGGAGUAGUUGGGAUUGACAGCAGCAGGAGUAUCUUCAGCUUUAGCAGUGCUGCCUCAGUCGGAGGAGAAGCCAGGCCUUAGGAAAUGGCACCCUCCUCCCCAAACCACAGCCUAAGCAUUGGUCAGGUCAGCAGAAUGACAUUCAGCAGCAAGGCCUUCCUUAUACAUUUUUAUCUCCCUCCCUGUGCCCGCAUGCCUUGCAAUGAUAUUCCUUUCCUUUGGGGCUCUGGCUGCAUCCCACACACCCCACUCAUAGCUGCCACAGGUGGACCCCUGCCCCUCCAGCUGUUGCUCCCAUUCUUCAUGCCCUGUCUAGGAUUAGUUGGUUGAUGGGAGGGUCUAGGAUGUGUGGGUGGGAGUGGAUUCUGCCCUGUCUCAGCUCCUUAGACCCCGGGCCCCAGAGAGAGCUGUAGCAGCCAGAGCAGCAAGAGUCCAAGGUCCGAGAUGAACAGGAGCGUGGGGGACCUGGGUGUUGGCGGCUGCAGACCCUGGGACGACCCUGCUCGCUUCAUUGUGGUGCCUGCGGCCUAUGCCUUGGCGCUGGGCCUGGGGCUGCCGGCCAAUGUGGCGGCCCUGGCGGUGUUCGUCCGCAGCGGCAGGCGCCUGGGCCAGGCCCUGCGUCUCUACCUGCUCAACCUGGCCCUGGCCGACGUGCUCUUCACGCUCACGCUGCCGCUGUGGCUCACUUACUACCUGGGCCCGGCCCACUGGCCCUUCCCGGAGGCCGCCUGCCGUGCAGCCGGGGCUGCCUACUAUGUGUCCACCUACGCGGCCGUGGCCUUCGCGGCGCUCAUCAGCGUGUGCCGCUGCAGCUCCGUGCACCGGCCCGGGCCCAAGGCGGCCGCCCGCCCGGCCCUGCGCCGCCGCGGCCCGGCCCGCGCCGCGUGCGCCGCCGCCUGGCUGGCAGGCCUGGCCUGCGCCGCACCCUCGCUGGCCGCCCCGCACGCGCUGAGCCCCGGGCCGGGCGGCGCCUCUCGCUGCCUGGAGCGCGGCUGGGCGCGCGCUGGCCUGGCCUACACCACCGUGGCCUUCUUCACCGCCGCCUUCCUGCUGGUGCUCGCGGCCUACGUGAGCGUGGCGCGGGCGCUUGCCGCGCCCUCGGGCCCGGGCCCAGCCCGCGCCGGUGCGCACCGGCGCGCGGCCAGGACCAUGGUGUUGGGGCUCCUGCUGGUCUUCGCCCUCUGCCUGGCGCCCUACCACCUGCUGCUGGCACCCUGGGUAACGGGGCAGGAGGUCGCCGCGAGCCGCGAAGGCGGCGGAUGCCGGGCCACCUCCACGCUCGACGUCCUGCACACCCUUAGCCUGGCGUUGCUGAGUCUCAACAGCUGCCUGGACCCUCUCAUCUACUGCUUCUCGGUGCGCCGCUUCCGCCAGGACUGCUGGGCGCUGAGCUGCCGUCUGGGGGUGGGGGCAUCUGGGGCGCACUCGGCCUCCUUGGCCUCUUCCUAGAAGGGUCCCUGGUCCGCUGCCUGCUUCACCCCUGCCACCCUCCCAGCCGAGUCCUGGGUGGUGGAAGCUCUUUGCAAGGACGUGGAUUCCAAUUCUGACACAGCCACAUACUAGCCGCCUGUAACUGUAGACCUCCAGGCUCUGCCAAAAGGGGGAAAACUUUGUAAGCCGAAAGUUCCCUAGACUUGACCAUUGUUUGGAUACGCAUAGUAUGCCAUUGUUUUUAAAAUCUCUUGGGAUAAACCCCAAAGUCCUUAAAAGGUCCUCCAAGGCCUGACUGGCUCCAGCUUCACUCUCCGCAUCCUCUCACCCGCAUCUUCCCUCUUCUCUACCACGUCUGCCCGUCUCUGUGGGUUGAGUCACAUUAUCAGUCCCUGGAACAGACCAGUUUCCUGCCCUUCAAGGCCUUUCGAAUUGAUUGCCAGGAAUGAUGUCCCUCGGUCUCCUUCAUUAAUUCCUUUUCAUUAUCACCUCCUCAAAGGUGGAAGCUUUCUUGAUCAGCACCACAGACACCAUACCCUAGACUGGAUUAGAUAUGAUUGCUCCCUUACAGGUCUUUCCAUAAUUGCAAUCAAGCAAUUAACUGGAUAGUUCUUCCCCCCUUUUUUUUUCCUUAGUUUUUCUCCCUGUAGUUCUUUCUCUUUUCAGAAUGUGUUUAUGUUGAUCCAUAAGAAAGUGCCAUUUUUAUAGACCCAGAAAGGUUGAAUAGUGGCAGUUUUAUUUUUAUCCAAUUCAACUUAAUGAAUUCCAUGUUUGCCUUAUUUACUGCUUGCUAUUGUUCUUUGCACAUAGUAACACUUCAGUAUGUCAGAUGAAUGCAUGAAACGUGAAUAUCAUUAGCUUAAAACGCCCAAGGACUCAUUCAGACACUCCAGUCUCAGAUUUUCUUCAAGUGUUUCUGGGAUUCUCUAAGCUUAUAUUACCCAGAUGCAUUCCUGACUGAGUACUGGUGAUUGCUUCCUUUUGCUGUUGCUGGUUAUCUGCAACUCGUCCAUCACCUCCAAUGUGCCAAGAUUCCAGGGCCAAGACUUGGAGAUAACCAAGCUGGAUAUCCAUCCUGCUAUUACCUGGGAGAGGGAUUGGCCAGACUUGCUGCCUUCAGCUUCAGCUGAGCAGAGAGACUGUCGGUGCAAAUCCCUGCCAAUGGUUCUGGCCUCUGGUUCUUUCUCUCCUUGUGCCUUGAUGACUUAGCAGUUGGCUUCAAGUGGGAAAGGGAACCUCUCCCUCUCUUCAGCCAUGUUACUGGGGGCUCCAUAGCAAGACUGCUUGGGUCUCGAGUUUAAUGAGUGAGGGCAGCAUAUUCACGUUGCCAAGUCAGCUGGGUCAGGACAAGUUCACCGAUCAGCCACCAUGUCUUACUGACUUCUAGUCCUAUUACUGAAUUUGCCUUCUAAUAGUAAAUUUGAGAAAUUUCUUCUUUUAUUUUUGAUAAAUUACCUUUCAUUGGUCCUUUAUUCCUUAUUUAAAUGUUUUCUUUUGCAUUUUAAAAGUAAUACACAUUCAUAAAAAUAAAUUCAAAGUACUAGAGAAAAAUGCAAAAUAGAAAAUAAAGGUCCCCCAGUGGUAACCACUGUUCACAGUUUCUUGUAGUGUAUAUCUUUCCAGAGGUUUUCUAUUUCAGUACAAAUAUAUGUAUAGUCAAUUUCCUCCAAAAAUCCACAAAUGGGAUAGUAGUACAAGGCUUUUCUGUGCUCUCCUCACUUAAUAUAUCUUGUACAUCUGUUAAUAUCAGCACAUAUCGAUCAACCUCAUUUUUUUAAUAAAUGCAAAGUAUUUAUUUUACUCAAUUGGUCCCCCUGUUAAUGGGCAUUUGUUUCUACUGUUUUACUGUGAUAAAUAAUGAUGCAAUGAGUGUCUCUGUCCACAAAUCUUUGCAUACUUGUAAAUCUAUAGAAUAAAUCCCUGGCAA